CCAAGGGAAUGACAGCUGUGUUGUGGAAGGGGCAGCUGGGAGGAGAAAGGAUCAUUCCUGAGUGCUCAGCCCCAGAGCAGAACAAAAGCCUCCCGAGCCCCAGCCAGCAUGGAGUCCGCAGCAGAAUACCCCUUUGCCCUGCCGCUCAUAUUCACAGCCUUGGCCCUGCUCCUGGCCACACUGCUGCUCAAACUGCGCUCUGGAGGGGGGAAACCUCAGGCUGAAGUUGCGGAGGAAGAGGAGGAAAAAGUAACGGAGACUUCGGAGAAAGAAGAAACGAUACAGGAAGAAACGGCAGAGGAGGCGGAGGCGGCGGACGACCCAGACGGUGAAAAGAUUCCGGUGGAGGAAAUUGGGGCAAGAGAAGAAGAGCCACUCCCAGAGGGGGCAAAAGAGCCAGAGGCAGUGAAGCCCCCAGCCAAUCAGACGAGGACGCCCAGCCAAUCCAGCCAGGAAGAAGAUGACAGUAAGGAGGACGAUUUGGACCCAGAAAGUGACAAAGUGUUGAAGAUCAGUGAAGCUGAUGAUGCCGAUGAUGAAGAUUCUUCCUUCAAAUACCAACCUGGAAAGCUGCGCGGAAGUGAAUUCCAAAAGAUAUUCACCAAAGACGAAAUGGAGGAAGAGCGGAGGGUUCAGAGGGAACAACUGGGAGCCAUAUUUCAGCUGAUGGAGAGCAACCAGGACACCUUCGGGAUGAUGUCUGAAGAGGAUCUGAAGGAACAGCUUAAACUCUACAACAUGUAAUGCACCACCUAGUGGUAGAGGGUGAUACUGCAGUGCAGGAACAGAAAUGACCGGUGGAAGCGUUGGGCAGAGGAGGGCACACCUAUUUAUAUAUAGAAAGCUCUGUAGCCCCUUUCUGUCUCUAAAAGUGACUGUGAAGGAUUGAAAAGUGUGAUUUAUCUUGUAUUUAACCAAUCAGAUGUUUGUUUUCAUUGCCCUACCUAUGCCCAUAUGCAUAUUUAAUUAUAAAUGACCCCCCCAUUUAUGGCUGAAAACCCCUGCAUUAAAGCCAUACGUGAGUGGGCAGCUGAAUAUGCUCCGAUAGUCCCGGCCAGUUGCCCUCAAAAGAGGUUGGGCUUAGCAAAAAGUGGGCAGAUCACAUGCAUAGGGGGUGGGGCUGGAGUGAAUCCGGGUCUGGAUUCAAGGCAUGCAAUCCUAAGGGCAGUUGGGGGGGGGGGGGCAGAGAAUGGGGCAACGGGGCCCUCAUCAGGAGUCCGGAGCUGGCCCUCAGAAUCCCAAACUUCCAUUGCCAAAUGUUAGCAACACGGCAAUUAGUUUGUAUUACAAUAUAAAUAUGUAUUGUAUAUAGGCAGAUAUAACAUCUCCAAGUGCAGAGUGACCUAUCCCAAUGCAAUAAAGGCAAAAUAACCCCUUCUAAUAAA